ACAAAAUAUGUUGAUUAUUAUAUUUCCGGCAAAAGUUUCCCUUUUGACCAUCCUCAUCUUUAUUUCUCUAGUCAAGUAAAGGAUCAUCCCGUAAGAUCGUCUCUCUCCUUCACAACGUUCUCAUCGUUCGGUGAUGGAUUUCUGGAGAAGGAAGAAGGAGAAGGGCAAGGCAAGAAGGUGUUUCCUCGAAAACGGAAACAUGUUUCUUGAGCAACUCAUCGCCGACUGUAACGGCAUAUCAAACCCUAUCCGAAUGUUCUCUUCCGAUCAAAUCUCCAAAGACACCAAUCACUUCGAUCCCAAGUAUUCACUCCCUCGUAAUUCAUCAUGGUUCAGAUUGUACAAGUGCGUCAUCGAGGGCAGAUCUUACGUGAUCAAGAGAUUUAUAGAGCCAGUGAUGGGAGAAGAAGAGCAUGCUUACAACGAUAUUGUCUUGUCUGCACGGGUAAGCAAUCACAGUGGUUUCCUCAAACUCGUGGGAUGUUGCCUCGAAUUUUCUCAUCCGGUGUUGUUAUUUGAAGACCUAGAAUAUACAUCUUUGAACUGGAUAGGAAGUGUUGGUUCCGAGGACGGGCCGCUGCUGCCUUGGAAUGUACGUUUGAAGAUCGCUAAGGAGGUUGCGACUGCUAUAACUUAUCUUCACACUGCUUUCCCUAGAAUCACUAUUCACAGAGAUAUCAAGGCUACGCAUGUUUUCAUGGGUAAAAACGGGACUGCUAAGCUCACUGAUUUCUCCCUUGCUGUAACACUCCCUGAGGGUAAGUCGUGGAUUGAAGAUACAUUGAGUGGAACUGUCGGAUAUAUAGAUCCUAUUUAUCAGUCGACGAGCAUAGUGACAGAAUACGCAGAUGUGUAUAGUUUUGGAAUCUUUAUGUUGGUUCUUCUCAUCGGAAGGGAACCAAAAAUGGAUGGACCAGAUCAUUAUCAUAUUCAUAGUUUUGUGAAGGAUCUGAAGGAGAGAGGAGAAGCUGUUGAGCUCGGGGGUGAUUCGAAGGACAUGAGGCCUGGUCAGAUGAAAAUGUUUCUCGACCUGGCAUUAAGAUGCUGCGAGGAGAGGAAUGAAGACAGGCCAAAGAUGAUCUUGGUUGCAAAACAGAUUAAGCUUAUAGAACAAGCAUCAUUUGAGGAUGAUCAGAUUGAGAUUAGUCCAAGAUGAGAUCCUGGCUUCACAGCUCACAGUUUAGAAACAGAGGUUCUCUAAAUGAUGUCAGGUGGAAUCUGCGAAGACAGAGACAAAGACGGACUGAUGAUAGUUCAGGUAGCUAAAGAAACUAAAGCGGGUUUUGACCUCAUUUUUAAGAGAUACUCUGUUCUGAACUUUUCACAAGCUCUGUUAAAUUAUGUAUCUAUCUUCUUGGAAG